UCUACUUGGUAUUGGUAUGUCUAUAUAUAUUUGUUGAUUUCCAGCUACUGAUUCAUACACAGAGCUCACAACCUUCAUUUUUUUGGUCCAUAUUUUUAUUCAUCCUUUAUCUCCUUUCUCAAUGGGUAGCCUAAAUUUCAAUCCUGAACUUCAAAAUAACUCAGUAUCUUUCAUUAAGCCCCUAGAUUUUGAGGAACUGAGAAGGCAAGGUCACAUGAUCAUAGACUUCAUUGCUGAUUAUUACAAAAAUGUUGAGAAACAGCCGGUUCGAAGCCAGGUUGAACCAGGUUAUCUCAGUAAACGCUUGCCAAAAUCUGCACCAAAUAAUCCUGAACCUAUUGAGCAAAUCCUGCAGGAUGUCCAGGAACACAUUGUCCCUGGAUUAACACAUUGGCAAAGUCCUAAUUAUUUUGCAUACUUCCCUUCUAGUGGCAGCGUUGCUGGGAUUAUUGGUGAAAUGAUUAGCACAGGCUUUAAUGUUGUAGGAUUUAAUUGGAUGUCAUCACCCGCAGCAACUGAGCUCGAAAAUAUUGUUAUGGAUUGGUUUGGAGAAAUGCUGAAGCUUCCUAAAUCUUUCCUUUUCUCUGGAAAUGGUGGGGGUGUUAUACAAGGUACUACAUGUGAAGCCAUUUUGUGCACAUUAUCUGCUGCAAGAGAUCAAACUCUCAGUAAGAUUGGAAGAGAAAACAUUACAAAGCUUGUUGUUUAUGGUUCUGAUCAAACUCAUAGUGCUCUCCAAAAAGCUGCUCAAAUCGCAGGCAUUGAUCCCAACAACUUCCGGGCUAUUAAGACUAUGAAAUCAUCUUCAUUUGGUCUAUCCCCGGACUCCCUGCAGUCGAUAGCUGAAUCAGAUGUAGAAGCGGGGUUGAUCCCUCUUUUUCUAUGUGCGACAGUUGGGACGACAGGAACAAACGCCGUUGAUCCAGUCGGUCCGCUAAGUGAAAUAGCCAAAAGAUAUGGAAUAUGGGUUCAUAUUGAUGCUGCAUAUGCUGGAAGUUCCUGUAUCUGCCCAGAGUUUCGACAUUUCCUGAAUGGUAUUGAAGAUGUGGACUCCUUCAGUCUCAAUGCACACAAAUGGUUCUUCACUACUCUAGAUUGUUGUUGCCUUUGGGUGAAGAAUCCGGCGCUCUCAACAAAUCCAGAGUUUUUGAGGAACAAGGCUAGUGAUUCGAAGAAAGUGGUGGAUUAUAAAGAUUUGCAAAUAACUCUAAGCCGAAGAUUUAGGGCCAUGAAACUAUGGAUGGUUCUUAGAAGCUAUGGAGUGGCCAAUCUCAGGAAUUUCCUUCGAAGCCAUGUGAGAAUGGCAAAGCUCCUUGAAGAGCUAGUGGGAAGUGACAAGAGGUUUGAAGUUGUUGUUCCAAGAAACUUUGCUAUGGUUUGUUUUCGGGGAUUGCCAUCAACAUUGGAUAAGGCAAGUGAGGUGGUGAGAGUAAAUAAAUUCAAUAGUGAAUUGUUGGAGUCCAUAAAUAGAUCUGGGAAAUUAUUCAUGACUCACGCCAUGGUAGAGGGAAUCUUUGUGAUAAGGUUUUCUAUUGGUGCUACUCUGACAGAGGAACGACAUGUGGUGGCGGCUUGGAAGGUGGUGCAACAGCAUUUUGAAGCCAACCUUAAAAUGUAGAUGAAAAUGCAAAUUAGGUCGGUGGUAGAAAUUUCCGAAUUUGGAUCCAUAUUACAAAUUCAUAUUAAGGUAGAUGUUACUACGUAAAUGCACUUUUAAUUUCGUCUUGAUGAAAAUGUUAGUGGUUUUAUUUUUAUA